CAGCAGGGGGCGGUGAUGCUCCUAGAAGCUGGUUUAGCACCACAGAAGCAGCCUCAUCUCUCCUGCUCUUCAUCAGCUGCUCUCCUCUUCCUCCAGUCGAACUACAGGCUGGGAUAGAACCAGCCGGGCUGCUACUGUAGCUGUCAUACCGGUGUAUCACCAGAACCCCGUCUCUCUGACGGUCUGCUCCGGUUCCGGUCCAGUUUACAGCUGACAGUAGCAUUAGCAUUAGCAUUAGCAUUAGCAUUAGCAUUAGCCUAGCAGCUUUAGGGAUGGCGGAGAAUCCCGGGACAUCCAGCGAGACCAUCACGGAGACCGUUCAGACCAGCACACCACCACCACCACCACAGGAGGGACGGAGCCUGACAAUCAAGCUGAGGAAGAGGAAGACUGAGAAGAAGGUGGAGUGGUCCAGUGACACCGUCGACAACGAGCACCUAGGAAGAAGGUCUUCAAAAUGCUGCUGUAUUUAUGAGAAGCCCCGACAGUUCGGAGAGUCGUCCUCUGAAAGCGAGGGAGACGAUGAUGAUGAAGGGUGCGGCAGUGCUCACUGUAUCCUGGGCCACGGCAGGAGAGCCCCUGGACCUGGACAGAGGGGGAGUGGGGGGACCACAGUACCCCCAAACACUGGAGGGUCACACACCCACUAAUGAGCCUCUGAGGGGGGUUCUCAUCACGACAAUGACACAUUACAAAACUGCACUCUUUUAGUUUAGUUCCAUCACUGAGGUCCAGGUCGGCUGCUGGAGCCGGAUCACAGCCUGCGUUCGUUUGUUCGGCCGCUCUGAAAAUGGAUUAUUGAAUUAGUCUAAUUGAAAAUGCGGCUCUCCUUUCAGCAGCUAAAAGCAUGCUCAGUAAUGGGCCGACUGACAACUCCAGAUGCCUCGAUGCUGUGAUGGGAACUCAGUGUUUUUGCAUGUUUUAGCCCGUUGACUACAGAGUAUACUACCCAGAAUGCAUCACUGUACAUCACUGCUGAGCGUUCUCCAAAGCAUGUCGAGUUUGGAUGCUUCCCUGUCGUCCAGGCAGCCGUUGGUUUCCACUUAUUCCUCUCUGCUAUGACAAUAAACUCUGAGGUUUGUGAUCCAUCAGUGAA